CUCCAAUGAAAUGAAGGGAUGCACACCAGAGCAGGUGAUGAAACAUGGCAGCCGCAUCUACAUGCAUCUCAACCAGAGUUCAGCCACUUUGGAUUUUAACCAACUCCAGGAGAUCAUCCAAACAAGUCAAGUGGGACUUUGACCUACAGCACUGAUGGUUGUAGCAUCCCUUCCUUGUGUUAGCUGAUGAAGAAGGAUGGGAAGUGGUAGCUCUAGAGCGUAGGGCUGACUGAAUGGUAAAGAUGUCAACUCCUCAGCAUUCACUUGACUCCAUUUAAACUGUAGUUGCAAUUUAUCAUGCAAUUUACGUGAUACUUUCCGUGGAGAUGUGGGUAGUUAACCCUAGCUGGGUCCUGAACAAGAUACUGUUGAGUGCUGCCUUUGUAUUUAACUAAAAGGUUUUGCAAUAGUCACACAACACAGCAUCGUUUCCCUCUGGUUGACGAUUGGGGAAGUCAUGCUUUUAAAGGCAAGAUGGGGAUUUCUGGCUCAUCAUUUUGUCUAAUUCUUCUUGGUGAAAACAUUUAAAGUCACUAUUCAUGGGCAUCCCCUGGAGUUGUAGAGCAGAGUACACAGCUGAACACCUGAUGAGAAAGUUAAUGUAUUACCUAUGCAAGGAGUGCUGAUUAAAGGCUAAGUGGCCUGUUGCUGUGUCCCUUGUCUCAUAAACAUGGCAAAACUGAAGCUUGUCAUCUGUCAACAACAGACGGUUCCAAUGGCAACUGAUUCCUCUGGUAUUCUCACUAACCAGGAACCUCAUUUGUGGUGAAGAAAUAUGGAAGACUGGGUGGAAGAAUGCUGUUAUGUCCUCAUGUGGCAAUAAGAGCAGGAAGGUUAAGAAAGGCGUGUGAAGGGCGUUUGUAGUCCUCCUUUAGAAUGUGGAGACAGGCCCUGGGUGAGGCAGGGGGAGUUUUGUAUGCCCUUCAGAUUGCAGAGGAUGGAAGGAGGCAAAAAACAUCACAGAUUUGCCUCCCAUGAAAGGGAGGAGCAAAACUGCAGUGCUCCGGAGAUUGAGCGGCUGGAUGAGCUCUGCCAGGCCAUUGUGGCAUGUCUGCAGCUGAGCUCUCACUUCCCACAUCUCCUUUAGGAACAGCUGUGAGCAAGCUGGGCUCUCCUUCAGGCUGACAGGAGAAAAUGAUACUGCAGUGCAUGUGAUGACCAUGCAUGCGUCCACUGCUUCCGUCCCAUCCAAGGCAAGGAGCUCCCAAAGGCUUUGGAGCGACGCUGCGUGGGGAGCAACCAUUCUAUCUCAAUACCAAAGCUUUAAAUCAAGACAAGAUUGGACUUUCCUUACCAACAGCCUUGUGGGCUAUCAGCAGGCUUUAUUCUGGAGCCUGUUACCAGUCUGUGGUUUUUGUAUCUAACAAAACCAUUGCAAAGCAGAGAUGAGCCCUAAAGUGGAGAUGCUGCUGCUUGCAGUGCAUCUGGCUCUGCAGGCUGUCACAGUGGCUCAAAACGCAGCGCUGUGAACCUCCAACCUGCCCUGCGUGCGCAUUGGUGCCAGUGGAAACCAAACCAUCGGGUCUGCAGGCAGAGUGCUAACCUGUGUUAAGUAUCAAAACAACAACAGCUGCAUUUUGUAGCAGUGUGAGAGCUCUGCGGGAGCUGGGGAUGGGCUCACAAGCCCUGCGAUGGGUGCUCCCAUGCUCAGGCAUUCUGCCCACGGAAGACAAAUUAGCAGCAGCUGUUCCUGAAGGCGGGCGGCAGGAGCCAGCCACGCUCCCAGGGCUGGGCACGGGGAAUCUGUCGAGCCCAGCAGAAUUCUUCCUGCUCGUCACAACGUGCCACAGAGAUCCGAUAGAGCAAAAAAACCCCUUCCGUCCGUUUGGUCCGAGAAUAAAAAGCAGUUCUCUUGCAAAGGGAAACGCGGCCCAACGCGCACCCUGCAUCAGAGAAAUGAGAAAGCAGCGGACUCAGAGCUCGGGUGACGUGAGACAGAUCCAGAACCACGGCGUGGAACUCCGUGCGGGAUCGGCGAAAAGCUUUCCAACUUCCAGCUCAGAGCAGCGCUGCAGCCACCACCGCACAAUCGCAACGCAUUUCCUGCCCGGCGCGGUGCUCACUCGUUUCUCAUCCCCGAAUCAAUCCGGAGCCCCAGGAGCUGCCUGAAAGCGGCUGCCCGCCGCCCUUCGCAGCCAUUCGUCCACCAUAAAACAGACGCGGGGCGGCGGUAAAAGCCCGGAGCGGGGCAGCGCCGAGCACCGCACGGCCGUCGGGCGGGAACCAGCGGCGCGGGGCCGGCUGCCGUCCGGGCGAAUGGCGGGGCACGCGGAAGCGGAAGCGGUGCGGGCGGGGCUGCGGGCGCGGCGGGCAUCGCGGCGGGCGGCCCCGGGGGGCUCCGUAAGGCGGCGGGUUUUCGUGGCCGCUGGCGUUUCGCGUUUGCCGCUCGUUCCCGAGCUGAGAGCUGUCGUUUAUCGUCUGCGCUGAGCGUGCUGCGGUUCUCAGGCCCUUAAAAAUGGGGAACACGAGCAGCGAGCGAGCCGGGCUGGAGCGGCAUGGGCACAAAGCAUCCCGGGCUGAUGGUGCGGGAGGAGCCGGCGGCACCAAGGAUGGGGACAGACCCAAGAUCCUAAUGGACAGUCCCGAAGAUGCGGACUUGUUCCAUUCGGAGGAGAUGAAGGCGCCAUUGGAUAAAGAAGAGUUCCUGGCUUGGCAACAGGAUCUGGAAGUGAGUGAUAAAACCCCUACUCAAGCUCGACCAACAGUCUUUCGCUGGACCGGAGGAGGGAAAGAAGUGUAUUUAUCUGGGUCCUUCAACAACUGGAGUAAAAUUCCUUUGACGAGGAGUCACAACAACUUUGUGGCAAUCCUGGACCUGCCAGAAGGGGAGCACCAGUACAAGUUCUUUGUGGAUGGGCAGUGGACACAUGAUCCUUCAGAGCCUGUUGUAACCAGCCAGCUGGGUACUGUCAACAAUGUCAUCCAGGUGAAGAAAACUGACUUUGAAGUAUUUGAUGCUUUGAUGGUGGACUCCCAGAAGUGUUCUGACAUGUCUGAGUUGUCAAGUUCUCCUCCAGGACCGUACCACCAGGAGCCCUAUGUCUGUAAGGCAGAGGAGCGCUUUAAAUCUCCACCCAUUCUUCCCCCACACCUGCUGCAGGUCAUCCUGAACAAGGACACAGGCAUUUCUUGUGAUCCUGCUUUGCUUCCUGAACCCAACCAUGUCAUGCUGAACCACCUCUAUGCCCUUUCUAUCAAGGAUGGGGUGAUGGUGCUCAGUGCUACGCAUCGUUACAAGAAGAAAUACGUGACUACCUUGCUAUACAAGCCAAUAUGAACAUCAUAGUAGCUUGUCACCAAGCGUUCUGGGCCAGUGCAGUCUCAGAAGAAAAUGCUUCUCUUCACCAAAUGUAUUCCUCCUCUGUGCUGUAGCAAAUGAACUCUGACUUCAUGUUGUUUCUGAGACUUCAGGUUCUCCUACAUUUGCUUUAUUUUCCUGAUCCCACUGUGGAAGUUCUUGGAAAUGGCAGCUUCGUGUCAGCUAGACCUAUGGCAGAUAUGUCAGUGCCGUGGUCAGCUCACUUCAAAAAAGAAAAGCAAGCACCAAUACAAUAAGGCUGAAAAUGUGAGAGUAGUAAAGAUUAAGGACUUUCAGUGAGAUAAAUGGUAAGAAACAAGCUAGCUCAAAGUCUAGAAAGUUCGGCAUUCUUGUGGAAUCUCAUCUGAGCUCAGCAUUCAGCAAAAGCAAGCCUAUUAUAACUGCUUCAUCACUUAGAAUGCAUCAAUGCCACAGUUAUUUCAGUAGCAAGUUCCAAACUCGCAUGGCUGAAAUAAGUGUGAAUAGUGAUGAUUAUUUUGUAGCAGCCUUUCUAGGCUAAACCAUCAACACAAUCACCUACGGGCUCAUUUUUAUUUUACAGUAGAUUGGGAUGCUCUGUUUCUACUGUGAAUAGCUCUGUAGUUUUUCUCUUCGUGAGAACUGAAUUACAACUUUUUCCCCUGUGGAAUCUGUGGUAAAGACAAUUGUUUUUAAUGGCUGGGUUUUUCUGUCAAUCCUAGAUGUGUCUUGCAAUAAUCUGCUUUUUUGCAACCAAAUUGCCUUGCAGUCACCGAUGACUUCGUCAUGCAGGGUGAGGUAGCUGAAAGGACAGCAGUAGGUUCAGUGGAGGGUCUUGUUCUUCAGCAGCAGCCUGUGUCAGCCAAUGCAAAGGUGACUGUAAGUUAGCUGUAUCCCAGUGGCCAGACUUGACUGCUGGUCAAGUCCAGCUAGAGCUGGGCUCCUGCGCCAGGUUGCAGCAUCGACUGCAGGUAGAAAAUCCCUGGUGCUUCCAAAGCCAGGCCUGUGGCCAUCUCUGCACAUUUCAGUCUAUUCAUAUUUUCUAAGGAAGUGAAUAUAGUAAUACCAGGUUGCCUGUGUGUACUUACAGGUACUUGCAGCCUGUUUUAUCCCAAAAUAAAUGCAAUGCUAACGUAAAGCUGCCAGCCAGCGUGCCUCAGGUCUGUCCUGGGGGGAAGCAGCUUGGGGGUGACCAGCUGGGUCUGUUCCUGUUGGUGUUUGGUGCCUGAGAGCAUCAGUGCCUGUGCCAAUGAUAACCAGCCUCUCUCCUACAGUGGGGAAGAACACAUUGAACAAAUCAGUGGGGAGUUAAGUGGGGACAAAAGCAGCCAGCACUCAGUGGAACCAGCCACAGCAGAGGGGGGCUUGCCAUCCCCCACUCUGUUCACUAGCCUCGUUGCAAUAUUCUGAGUAGCUCAGUAGAUCUGGGUACAGUGCAAUGGUUUUCUUUGAAAACUCUUCAUCCUGUGCUAUGGAAAUUAUCUGCUAUUCUGAAAUAUGGAAUUGCUUUUGUUUUCAGCCUUGUUAGAAACAAAUAAAUAAAACAUUUUCAAGGAAAUGGUUG